UGGGUGAGGUGCGUCGGCGCGAGGCGCAUGCGCGCUGGAACCGCCGUGGGCCGUGGAGGGAGGCGUAGGGGCCUGUCCCGGUGAAGGGUGAAGGCGCCCUCCACAGCCCUUUGCCAGACAUGUCUGUCCUUAGAAAAACUUAAGUGGGGAAACAGCAGCUGGAGAUUUCUCCUGUAUAAAGCCUCAUGGUGGAACAUCUCCUUGGUGUUCAGUGGAAGGAUGAAAGCGCCACAUAGGGACUCGAUAUGAAGGGAAAAGGCCCCUCACCGGCACCGUGAGUCUGGCGUCUCCGAGAUGCAGAUUCUACGGCACUCUGAACACACACUGAAAACAGCUCUCCUCUCAAAGAACCCAGUGCUUGUGUCAGAGUAUGAGCAGUUAGCUGCUGGGGAGCAACGUUUAAUGAAUGAAGCCUUCCAGCCAUCCAGUAAUCUGUUUGGACCCAUUACUGUGCAUUCACAGUCAGAUUGGAUCAGCUCCCACCCUGAGGUUCCCCAAGACUUCGAAGAGUUUUUCAGUAAUCCCUGUAGAAAGGAACCCUCUCCAGAGAAACACAUUAUCUAUAUACAGCCCAUUGGCUCUCUAGGCAACACCAAAAUUAUCAGUGAAGAGUAUAUGAAAUGGCUCAAGGGCUACUGUGAAGCAUAUUUCUAUGGUUUGACAGUGAAGUUCUUAGAACCAGUUUCAGUGUCUGCAACAAAGUGUCCCUUUAGAGUGAAUGAACACACAAAAAACCUACAAAUUCAUGCAGGGCGUAUCCUAGCAUUCUUGAAAAAGAAGAAACCCAGAGAUGCCUUCUGCAUUGUGGGGAUUACAAUGAUCGAUCUUUACCCACGGGACUCCUGGAAUUUCGUCUUUGGACAGGCCUCUCUGACAGAUGGUGUGGGGAUAUUCAGCUUUGCCAGGUAUGGCAAGGAUUUCCACAAUUCGAAGUACGAAGGCAAAGUGAAGACCGCAGAGCGAACAUCUUCCAAUGACUAUUCCAUCUUUGAUAACUAUUACAAUCCUGAAAUCACUAGUAUUUUGCUCUUGCGAUCCUGUAAGACUUUAACCCAUGAGAUUGGACACAUUUUUGGACUGCGACACUGCCAGUGGCUUGCGUGCUUGAUGCAAGGCUCCAAUCACUUGGAGGAGUCUGACCGGCGCCCUCUAAACCUUUGCCCUAUCUGCUUACGCAAGCUGCAGUAUGCUAUCGGCUUCAAUAUUGUAGAGAGAUACAAAGCACUGGUGAGGUGGAUCGAUGAGGACUCCAGCGACACAUCAAGAGCAGCUUUGAAGAAUAGUUCUGACCAUGUGAAUUUGGAGAAACCUGUGGAAGCCUUUAAGGAGUGGAGAGAAUGGAUAGCAAGAUGCAUUGAUGUUAUUGAAAAAUAAGGACUUUUAGACAGGAGUAACGGAAAUAAAGUCGGGCACACUAGG